AGGUCCCAGCCAUCUCCCAAGGUCCUUUACUCGGCUUUAACAUCCCAGCGUCAGCUACAGGGCGAGUGGUUACAUACGGCGCCAUGGGGGAGUGGGCGUUCCUCGGCUCGCUGCUGGACGCCGUGCAGCUGCAGUCGCCGCUCGUGGGCCGCCUGUGGCUGGUGGUCAUGCUGAUCUUCCGCAUCCUGGUGCUGGCCACGGUGGGCGGCGCCGUGUUCGAGGACGAGCAGGAGGAGUUCGUGUGCAACACGCUGCAGCCGGGCUGUCGCCAGACCUGCUACGACCGCGCCUUCCCCGUCUCCCACUACCGCUUCUGGCUCUUCCACAUCCUGCUGCUGUCGGCGCCCCCGGUGCUCUUCGUCAUCUACUCUGUGCACCGGGCCAGCAAGGAGCCGGGCGGCGCGGCCGGCGGGGCGGGGUCGCUGGGGCCCCCGGGGCGCCCGGAGGGCCGCGGCGCGCGCCGCUGCUACCUGCUGAGCGUGGCGCUGCGCCUGCUGGCCGAGCUGGCCUUCCUGGCGGGCCAGGCGCUGCUCUACGGCUUCCGCGUGGCACCGCACUUCGUGUGCGCCGGUGCCCCGUGCCCACACACGGUGGACUGCUUCGUGAGCCGGCCCACCGAGAAGACCGUCUUCGUGAUCUUCUACUUCGCCGUGGGGCUGCUCUCGGCGCUGCUCAGCGUGGCUGAGCUGGGCCACCUGCUCUGGAAGGGCCGCACGCGCGCCGGCCACUGUCGCCAGGCGGCCGAGCGCGACAACCGCUGCAACCGCGCGCACGAGGAGGCGCAGCAGCUGCUCCCGCCGCCGCCGCCCGCCCUGCCCGCCAGGCGCCCGGGGCCCGACCCCUACGCCCCGCCCUCCUACGCUCACCGGGCGCCGGCCUGCGACAGCGAGGGCGGCAGCGGCCGCAGCAAGGCAUCGCUGGCCACCGUCCGCCAGGACCUGGCCAUCUAG